AAUGCGCCGUGAUCGAUUGGGGGAAAAAUCCUCUCUCCGGAUCGGCGCUCAUGGAUGUGUGGGCUCUAAACCUGAAGGGCGCGGCCGGGAUUCCUUUUCUCGGGGCGGCGAGCAAGUGCGAGAGGGGAGGGCGGCUGGUGGCUGUGCGACGAGCUGGCGGAGGGAUCGACGUUGGGGUUUUGGUGCGAACACGGAGGUGGAAUUCGUCGGCGCCUGCGUAUCGGUCGUUCGUGGUGACGGCGAGCGGCGGUAAGAAGAGGAGCAACCGCGGGGGACACUCUUCUUCUGGUAAAGGGGAAAAUGAUCCUUCAAUUCCUGAAGAAGACGGUCUUGAUGUAACUACUCCUCAAUACGAUGACAAAUCAAAAACCAACGAUUGCUCCAGGAAGCCCCAAUUUACAUUGUCUAAUUGGCGAGAUGUCAGAGCAAAUCUUGUUGCCAAAGAGCAGGAACAUCUACUUGAUACUGAUGGCCAGGGUAUCACCUCAAAUGAGCAACCCCAAAUGCUCAGUUCCAAGUGGGCACACCCCAUCCCAAUGCUGGAGUCUGGAUGUGUCUUACUUGCUACUGAAAAGCUCGAUGGAGUCCCAAUGUUCGAGAGGACUGUGAUCCUUCUUCUCAGUUUGGGAUCUAGAGACCCAAGAGAUCGUCCUUUUGGAGUCAUCCUGAAUCGUCCACUCCGUCGAAAAAUCAAGCAUAUGAAUCCAUCAAAUCCUCACCUUGCAACCAUAUUUUCUGACUGCUCUGUUCACUGUGGCGGACCAGUUGAGGCAAACAUGUUCUUACUGAAAUCGAGCGACGGCUUACUGCUGCCAGGUUUUGGUGAGGCAGUUUCAGGUGUUUACUUUGGUUCGAGAAACAACUUAGAUGAUGCUGCAGUGCUUGUCAAGAAAGGAGCAUUCAUGCCCCGAGAUUUCAUAUUCUUCGAGGGUUAUUCGGGUUGGGAAUUCGAUCAGUUGCUUGAUGAGCUCGAGUCUGAAUACUGGGUUGUCGCUUCCUGCAGUUCACAUCUGGUUCAUCAAGUUUAUGGAACAUCGUCAUCCAACUUAUGGGAGGAGAUUUUGCAGCUAAUGGGCGGGCAAUAUUCAGAGUUGAGCAGGAAGCCCAAACAAGAUGAUCCUUGAAGUCUGAGGUGUAGAAGUGAGGCUAUAAUUACCUUUUUGUACAGUUGUUGCCUAAGGAUUUGUAGCUUGUAUGUUAUUCUAAUAACAAAAGUACUUUUUCAUGGAAUAAUACCAAAAGUUCUUGGUAGUUUUUCCUCUGGAA